AUGCACAGGGCAUCGUCGUUUCCUUUUAUGUGCGUUUCAAGGAGGAGGAAAAAAAAAUGUCAGGCGCAAUGUUCAGUGCCGCACGGCCGCCUUCCUGUUGUUCACUGUCUCUCCUCCCCUUGCCCGCAGUGUGCCGUGCAGGUGAAGCUGGAGCUGGGGCACCGCGCCCAGGUGCGGAAGAAACCCACGGUGGAGGGCUUCACCCACGACUGGAUGGUGUUCGUGCGCGGACCGGAGCACAGUAACAUUCAGCACUUUGUGGAGAAAGUCGUCUUCCACUUGCACGAAAGCUUUCCUAGGCCAAAAAGAGUGUGCAAAGAUCCACCUUACAAAGUAGAAGAAUCUGGGUAUGCUGGUUUCAUUUUGCCAAUUGAGGUUUAUUUUAAAAACAAGGAAGAACCUAAGAAAGUCCGAUUUGAUUAUGACUUAUUCCUGCAUCUUGAAGGCCAUCCACCAGUAAAUCACCUCCGCUGUGAAAAGCUUACUUUCAACAACCCCACAGAGGAUUUUAGAAGAAAGUUGCUGAAGGCAGGAGGGGAUCCCAAUAGGAGUGUCCAUACCAGCAGCAGCAGUUGCAGUAGCAGCAGCAGUUGCAGUAGCAGCAGCAGUAGUUGCAGUAGCAGCAGUAGUUGCAGCAGUAGCAGCAGCAGUACCAGUUUUUCAAAGCCUCACAAAUUAAUGAAGGAGCACAAGGAAAAACCUUCUAAAGACUCCAGAGAACAUAAAAGUGCCUUCAAAGAACCUUCCAGGGAUCACAACAAAUCUUCCAAAGAAUCCUCAAAGAAACCCAAAGAAAAUAAACCACUGAAAGAAGAAAAAAUCGUUCCUAAAAUGGCCUUCAAGGAACCUAAACCCAUGUCAAAAGAGCCAAAACCAGACAGUAACUUGCUCACCAUCACCAGUGGACAGCAAGAUAAGAAGGCUCCUAGUAAAAGGCCUCCCAUUUCUGAGUCUGAAGAACUCUCAGCCAAAAAAAGGAAAAAGAGUAGCUCAGAGGCUUUAUUUAAAAGUUUUUCAAGUGCACCGCCACUGAUACUCACUUGUUCUGCUGACAAAAAACAGAUAAAAGAUAAAUCUCAUGUCAAGAUGGGAAAGGUCAAAAUUGAAAGUAGUGAGACAUCAGAGAAAAAGAAAUCAACAUUACCACCAUUUGAUGAUAUUGUGGAUCCCAAUGACUCAGAUGUGGAGGAGAACAUGUCCUCGAAAUCUGAUUCCGAACAGCCCAGUCCUGCCAGUUCCAGCUCCAGUUCCAGCUCCAGCUUUACCCCGUCCCAGACCCGGCAACAAGGUCCUUUAAGGUCUAUAAUGAAAGAUCUGCAUUCCGAUGACAACGAGGAAGAGUCGGAUGAGGCAGAGGAUAAUGACAAUGAUUCUGAAAUGGAGAGACCUGUAAAUAGAGCCGGCAGUCGAAGUCGCAGGGUCAGUUUAAGUGAUGGCAGUGACAGUGAGAGCAGUUCUGCUUCUUCACCUCUACAUCAUGAACCACCACCGCCCCUAUUAAAAACCAACAAUAACCAGAUUCUUGAAGUGAAAAGUCCAAUAAAGCAGAGCAAAUCAGAUAAGCAAAUAAAGAAUGGUGAAUGUGACAAGGCAUAUCUAGAUGAAUUGGUAGAGCUUCACAGGAGGUUAAUGACACUGCGGGAAAGACACAUUCUGCAACAGAUCGUGAACCUUAUAGAAGAAACUGGACACUUUCAUAUCACAAACACAACAUUUGAUUUUGACCUUUGCUCGUUGGACAAAACCACAGUUCGUAAACUACAGAGUUACCUGGAAACAUCUGGAACAUCCUGA